CCUUCUUCUUCCCUCGCUUCGCCCCCGAACCCUGGCUGGAUCAGGAUCAGGAUCACGAUCGAGCUGUUCGCACUUCCUCAUCCAUACUCGCAUGUACAAGUGCCCGCCCGGCCGCUUGGCAUCGACAGGCAAGAUGGCAAAGUCAGCACUCUAUACCCUCCUUUUCUUUCUCUUCCUCGUGCCACACCUCUCCACGGCGCUUCAGGUCACGCCGAACUCGCCUUGUGCCUCGGUAUGCCAGGACUUGCGUGGUCUCGACCCUUCGGAUCCGGACUCCUCCACGACGAGGAACUCGGACAUUACCUGCGAAGAUGCCGACUACUCGAGCGCUGCCGGCACCAAGUUCAAGAAGUGCAUGACCUGCCUGCAAACUAGCACAUUCUCCCAGGACGGCGAGAGUGAUACCAUGUGGUUCCUCUGUAUGUCUAGACGCCUUUCUUUCGCCCCUGACUGGCCAAACGGGGAGAAAUCGACGCUAACACUUCUCCUGCUAAAACCGAAAGACAAUCUGAGGUACACGGCCGCCUACUGUGUCUUUGGUUAUCCCAACGCCACCAACUUCUCGCCCACGCCAUGCACCACUAGGACCGCCUGCGGCGACCUCGAGGCCAACAUGCGCCACGGCAUCCCGAACCCCAAGGGUACCACCGCCUACUCGUACUGCCACGCGGGCGACGGCAACGCAAUGGACUUCUCCCACUUCGAGAGCUGCAUCGCUUGCACCUCCGCCCUCGGGACCACCGACUACCUGGCCAACUACUUUGCCGCCCUCGGAGUCGCCUGCCAGCAGCAGCCCGCCCCGGGCACACUGCUCAGUCUGAACGAUACCAUAUUUGCCCACACCCCGAUUGGCCCGGGGAACGAUGACGACGACAGAGGCUCGGGGUUGGCGACCCCGGCCGUCGUCGGCAUCGUUGCCGGCGUCCUGGCCUUUCUUCUCCUAAGCGCCGGCAUGACCCUCGUUUGCCUGCGCAAGAGGAGGAAGCAGUAUCUCCGAGCGGGCGCCGAUGCGGGCUACAACAACUUCUCUCACCACCGCCACCACUCGUCCAUGUCCUUCCAGUGCCAGACCCACAUGCUAUCUCCGCGUUUCUGGUCCGCUGUCGCCGAGGACGGCGUCCCGACCCCGAUGACCGAGAACUUCGGCGCCGUCCCUGCCAUAUGGACACCACACCACCCCGAUGACAGCUACAUCUACCACCACCAACACCACUACCAAGACGACACCACCACCACCACCACCACCACCUUCACUCCGGCCCCCAACAACAAGAGUAGCAGUAGCAGCACCAUCAGCCGGAGCAGCAGCAUCAGGAAACCCGCCCAGCUGCAAAUCACAACCACCACACCGCCCACCCCGCCUCCUCAGGCCUACUACUCCUCCCCUUCCUCCUCCCCUGAGAAGGUCUACCACUACUCACCCUCCGACUUCCGGUCCCCUCUCUCCGCCGACACCGUCACCAGGGCCUCCGCCCUCCUGCCUCCGUACCCAUCCCACUCUCCCGUCGCGGCGCCCCCCGUCCCGGCCGAGCGCCACAGCGGCGGCCGCCACGGUUCUGGGUCUGGGCUGGGGUCUGGGUUCCCGCUGCGGCUGGGGAGGAAGAGCCCCAAGAUAGGCAGCGGCGGCGGCGGCGGCGGCUGGGGCGGCGGCAAGGGUGUCGUGGUGAGCGGGUCGUCGGGGAGCCCCGUCGAGUCGCGCACGAUUCAGACUACGUUUGCCGCGCCGCCCAAGCGGUAAUCUUUCUUCCUUUUCUUUUCUUUUCUUUUUUUUCUCGUUUUAUUAGCCAGCCCUCCCUCGCUGGCGCUUUUGUGGGAUACUAUUGCUAUGCAUAAUAAGCGAGGGGGACCGAGAUGGUAGCAGGAAAACAUUGGAUAGGAUACCCCUUGCUUGUCUUUAGGCUGCUUUUCUUCUUAAAUAGCUGGAGCCGCUAGUCUUCUCUUUGUUGG